AAUAGAGAAACGAGCUGCUGGAGAGGUAAACAGAUUCCGCUGUCAUUCAUUCAAACAACGCUAGCUGAUAUGAUGGAUAUUCUUAGCUCCUCUGUGUGGAAAAUGUUGUGACAGGAUACAACACCGCUAGUCAUACUCUGUCUUUCGAGAAUGGUCGUUGUUUACGGUCUCAGUUUUUCACAUGCCAGUAAUCCGGUUAGAAGAGAUGUAUUUUGAGAGCUGUCCACGGCUGCUAGACAACUAGCCAAGCUCGUUGCGCCGUAGGAGAUCGGCCGACCUUGACCAGAUGGAUAUCACGAGGCUCGCUGUGGAUGCGGGCGCGUUUAUCAACCGAGCUGUUCAGUAUACGGAGGAAGCUCUGGGACAGGCUGAGAAGACAGAGUUGGACAGCCGGUUGGAGAGUCUCCUGGACAGAGCAGAGUCCACUAAGACCUGGACUGACAAAAUCAUCUCACAGACUGAGACUUUAUUGCAGCCUAACCCUGGAGCUCGUUUAGAGGACUUGUUGUAUAAGGGUCUGGAUUGGAGCGCCCCUGAGAGGCCAACCCCCCACGAGCUGCUGAGUGAAAACAUGAUGGACGCUGCUCUGGAACUGGGGAGACACACACCCUACGGUAGUACUCUGAUUAAGUGUGGGGAGUUGGAGAGGCAGAUCGGGUUGGCGAACAAGAAGCUGAUCCAGAGUACAGACAUCAACUUCCUGUCUCCUCUACGGAGGUUUACUGACCAGGAAUACACAGUCAUACAGAAUGAGCGCAGGCAGCUGGUUAAUAAGCGGUUAGAUCUGGACAUUGCGAAGGCCAGACUGAGAAAGGCACAGGAAGCAGACAGCGAGGCCCGGGGUCUAAAUGCUAACCCAUUAGGAGAGGAGUAUGUAGCUCAUGUCUCCUACAUGUUCAGCUUCCUACGAGUCAGAUGGCUGAAGAUGUGGGCCCAGGAAGUCUCUCAGGCAGAGAUGGAGCUGAGGAUCUCUCAGUGUGUGUUUGACCGACAGUCAGAGAUCACCAGACUACUGCUGGAGGGAAUCAACACUACACAUGCUGCCCAUUUGAGAAGCCUGUCUGACUUUGUAGAAGCUCAGGGUAGCUACUACGCUCAGUGUUGCCAGCUCACACAGGACCUACACACCCAACUGGCCUGCGCUCCCCCUCUGAUCUGCUACAAUAACAACGGGCACUUAGAAACUAACCAACCCUCAACAGGUAACCUGCCCUUAGCAACCAUUCAGCCCCUAGCAACCAGUGACUCUGCAACAACCAACCAGGCAACUAGCCAACCCUUAACAACCACCCAGCCCUUAGCAACAUGUGAGUCUUUGACAACCAUCCAGGCAACUAGCCAACCCCUAUCAACCAACCAGGCAAACAGCCAACCCGUAGCAACCAACCAGACAGCCAAUGAGUCCUCAAAAACCAACAAGUCCUCGACAACCAAUAAGUCCUUGACAAACAACCAGACAAGCAGACAACUCUUAGCAACCACUGGAUCCUCUACAACCAACCAGGCUUUGUCAAUCAUCCAGACAAACAGCCAAGCCCUACAAACCAACCAGGCAACCAGCCAACCCCUACAAACCAACCAGGCAACCAGCCAACCCCUACAAACCAACCAGGCAACCAGCCAACCCCUACAAACCAACCAGGCAAUCCACCAACCCCUACAAACCAACCAGGCAACCAGCCAACCCCUACAAACCAACCAGGCAACCAGCGAACCCCUACAAACCAACCAGGCAACCAGCCAACCUCUGCAAACCAACCAGGCAAUCAGCCAACCCCGGCAAACCAACCAGGCAACCAGCCAACCUCUAGGAACCAACCAGGCAACAAGCCAACCUCUACAAACCAACCAGGAAACCAGACAACCCCUACAAACCAACCAGGCAACAAACCAACCUCUAGGAACCAACAAGGCAACCAGCCAACCCCGACAAACAAACCAGGCAACCAGCCAACCUCUAGGAACCAACCAGGCAACCAGCCUACCUCUACAAACCAACCAGCCAACCAGACAACCCCUACAAACCAACCCGGCAACCAGACAACCUCUAGGAACCAACCAGGCAACCAGCCAAUCCCUACAAACCAUCCAGGCAACCAAUGAGUCCCCAACAACCAAUGUGUUCUCAACAACUAAUGAGUCCUCGACCACCAACCAGGUAACUAACCAGCCCUCGACAUCCAAUCAGGUAACCAACCAAUCUCUAGCAACCAAUGAGUCAUCGACAAAGAACGAGAACUCGACAAACAACCGGGCAACCAGCCAGCCCUUGAAAACCAACCAGGCAACCAGCCAACCCCUACAAACCAACCAGGCAACCAAUGAGUCCCCAACAACCAAUGUAUCCUCAUCAACCAACCAGGCAACAAACCAACCCUUAAAAACCAACCAGGAACUCAUCGAACCCUUAGCAACCAAUGAGUCAUCAACCACCAACCAACCCAUACAAACCAACCCGGCAACCAGACAACCUCUAGGAACCAACCAGGCUACCAGCCAAUCCCUACAAACCAUCCAGGCAACCAAUGAGUCCCCAACAACCAAUGUGUUCUCAACAACUAAUGAGUCCUCGACCACCAACCAGGUAACUAACCAGCCCUCGACUUCCAAUCAGGUAACCAACCAAUCUCUAGCAACCUACCGGACAAACAGCCAGCCCUUAGCAACCAAUAAGUCGUCGACAAACAACGAGAACUCGACAAACAACCGGGCAACCAGCCAGCCCUUGAAAACCAACCAGGCAACCAGCCAACCCCUACAAACCAACCAGGCAACCAAUGAGUCCCCAACAACCAAUGUAUCCUCAUCAACCAACCAGGCAACAAACCAACCCUUGAAAACCAACCAGGAACUCAUCGAACCCUUAGCAACCAAUGAGUCAUCAACCACCAACCAACCCAUACAAACCAACCAGGCAACAGACAGCCCUUGACAAGCAACCAGGAAACUGGUGCACUUAUGUGGCUAUAUUGAAGCAACAUCUCAAGACAUCAGUCAGGAUGUUAAAGCUUGGUCGCAAAUGGGUCUUCCAAAUGGACAAUGACCCCAAGCAUACGUCCAAGGUUAUAGCAAAAUGG